AGCCGCUGUCGGCCCAAACGACGCCUGCGGGCGCGGGGUGCUGCCGGCCUCGGCCCUGGGGUGGGGCUUCGCAGGGCCGCGCGCAAUCCCUCGGGAUGUCGCAGGUAGAGGUUCAAGCGCCUCCUGGUCUCGAGAACGUCAGCGGCUGCCAGCUCCAAGGCGCUGCCGAAGAAGAGCCUGCCACAGAGGACUGGAGGGAGUCGCUGGUCGACGAGGUCGCGGCGUCGGUGCAGGCGCACAUCGAGUGGAGGACGGCGGCGGCGCAGGAGGCGUUGUGGCAGCGGGGGCAGCACGAGAUCAGGUGCAUCAAGGAGCAGCAGAUGGCUGAGGCGGAGCUGUUGCAAGGGCAGCUGACCUCCUGCGCCGAGUCCUGCCGCAGGCUGGAGCACGAGAACCGGGCGCUGCGCUCUGGCCUCGAGGCGCUCGUGAAGCAGUUGUCCACCUUCUGGCCAGCCCCGCCGUCGCCGUGCGGCGCCGCGUCGCCCCCCGGGAAGGGGGCUCGCGGGGCCACGCUGCGCCGCACGUCGUCGGGGCCGGCGUCCGCGUGCGCGCAGGAUGCCGACUCCCCGACCUCAGUCGCGGAACCCAUGAAGGUCAGCGGCGGCGCGCCCGAGUCGGAGGGCGCCGCCACGGGCAGCUUGGGGGAGGACUUGUCCCCGCAGCGUGCGCCGCCGACCUCUGGCGGAGAAGGCGGUGAGGCGGCCAGCAUGGACGCGGAGACCCCGCCGGGGCUCUCGGCGGCGGCUGGCGCCACCGCCGCGCCCCGGGACGACGGCGCCGAAGCCGGGAGCCCCUCCUCGGAGGCUGCCCGCCCGGCGCCCCAGGCUCUGCCCUUCACCAUCACGUUAAGGCGGGCAGACCACGUGCUGCUGGGCCUGGACGUGCAGCCAGGUGAGUCGGACGCCAACUGCCUCCAGGUGAAGGCCGUGAGACCCGGCGGUGCAGUGGAGGCCUGGAACCGCCAGUGUCCUGGAGAGAUGCGGGAAAUCAGGCCGGGCGACCGCAUCAUCCGGAUAAACGACUCACAGGAGCUUGGCCCUGAGGCCAUCGAGGUCCUCCAGCAGUUCGGCUGCGACGGGAAUACAUUGUACCUUACGCAGUUGUCGGGCAUCUUGAAUGCCAACGUGUACGCGAAAACCCAGUUGAGGGACGCGGCCUCCAUGACGGAGGAGUGCUACAUGAAGCAUCUUCUGCGGAUGACGGUAGUGAGGUCUACUCCGGGGGCUUCGGAGGACGUCGGCCCAGAGCCCGACCCGAAGGCGCGGCAGGUGGAGCUGCGCGCCGACGCGGACGAGUUCGUCCCGCAGGUGGCCACGCCCUCGAGCUGAGGCUCCCGCCGCGCGCCUUCGGCUUCCCGCCUUCGCUCCUCGCUCUCCUCUCCCCGCUUGGUUGGCACUCCGCUGCACGGCCUCCUUCUUCCGCCCCGUGUUGCCGACUGCUUCCGGGGGAGCCGGCCCGCGCGCCGUGCCGCCUGCAGUCAGUCCGAAGGCGAUCUGCAUGUGGACGUGAGCGGUACUCCGCGGGCGCAGGGCCAGUGGGCGCUGCCUCACUGACAGGGCACUGCCUUAGCGUCGUUGGGAGGGAUAGGGGAA